AUGUUCUGUCUAAGAAGUUGGCUCCCCCUCCUCUUUAUCCCAACGAACGCCUCCCCCCUCUUCAUCAUCUCCUACGUCGCCCUAACCUACAUUCUCCACCGACCCUGUAUCUACUGUUCGGCCCUACUCCUGAUCCUCUUCAUAUCUUCCUGCCACUGGUCUGAUCGGUGUUUCUUCGAUCUCCGUGGUGACUGGUUCUCCCCGCGGUAUCCUGCGCCGGUCAACACCACCACCACCAACAUCGAGAUCGACAACUGCACUCAGAAUAAUCUCAAUUUCACGUUUAAUGAAAGUCUGGCUGGAUAUAUCUUCGAGACGAUGAACACGACGACCAAAGCACUGGCCGGUGCGGCGGUCGAGGAGGCCCAGCGCCGGCUCGCGGGCAGCACCAGCACCAACAAUACCGGGCUGAGGCAAGAAUGGGCAGGGAUGGGACUCGAAUGGCUGCGGAGUCUGCUGGGGAAGAGGGAAUGGACGUUGCCAUGUGUGGAUGUCAAAGUAAGAUUAUAA